AUGACCCCAGACACUCAGAGUCACCGGGUGCCGCUAAGAGAAACAACUGGGCAUCGUAGAAUUGCUGGCAUGAAAUCAGGAGAGCUGACUUCCCCGCUAGUCAGCUGCAGUAGUCAGAAGAGAGGCCCACACAUUGCCCAAGAAGUAAGUGCUGGCUCUGGUUGUGAGAGCUUCAGAGGGCACGAGGUCCUUGUGCUCCAAGAUAAUCCCCAGAGAAUCACUAAAGAUGCAGCCAUGUUAAACAGCAGAAGCAGGAAGCUGGGAGUGGAGGCAGGGUCUUGCUAUGAGAUCCAGGUUAAUGUUAGCCUGAAACUUGCUAUAAAGCCCAGGAUAGCCCACAGAUCCCCAUGUCUCAGCUUCCUCAGUGCUGGGAUUACUGCCCUGUGUCUAACUACCAUCUCCUACAACCCUAUGUCUAACUACCAUCUCUCCUACAACCCUAUGUCUAACUACCAUCUCUCCUACAACCCUAUGUCUAACUACCAUCCCUCCUACAAGCCUAUGUCUAACUACCAUCUCUCCUACAACCCUAUGUCUAACUACCAUAUCUCCUGCAGCCCUGUGUCUAACUACCAUCUCUCCUACAAGCCUAUGUCUAACUACCAUAUCUCCUGCAGCCCUAUGUCUAACUACCAUAUCUCCUGCAGCCCUGUGUCUAACUACCAUCUCUCCUACAACCCUAACUACCAUCUCUCCUACAACUCUAUGUCUAACUACCAUCUCUCCUACAACCCUAUGUCUAACUACCAUCUCUCCUACAACCCUAUGUCUAACUACCAUCUCUCCUACAACCCUAUGUCUAACUACCAUCUCUCCUACAACCCUAUGUCUAACUACCAUAUCUCCUGCAGCCCUGUGUCUAACUACCAUCUCUCCUACAAGCCUAUGUCUAACUACCAUAUCUCCUGCAGCCCUAUGUCUAACUACCAUGUCUCCUGCAGCCCUGUGUCUAACUACCAUCUCUCCUACAACCCUAACUACCAUCUCUCCUACAACUCUAUGUCUAACUACCAUCUCUCCUACAACCCUAUGUCUAACUACCAUCUCUCCUACAACCCUAUGUCUAACUACCAUCUCUCCUACAACCCUAUGUCUAACUACCAUCUCUCCUACAACCCUAUGUCUAACUACCAUAUCUCCUGCAGCCCUGUGUCUAACUACCAUCUCUCCUACAAGCCUAUGUCUAACUACCAUAUCUCCUGCAGCCCUAUGUCUAACUACCAUGUCUCCUGCAGCCCUGUGUCUAACUACCAUCUCUCCUACAACCCUAACUACCAUCUCUCCUACAACUCUAUGUCUAACUACCAUCUCUCCUACAACCCUAUGUCUAACUACCAUCUCUCCUACAACCCUAUGUCUAACUACCAUCUCUCCUACAACCCUAUGUCUAACUACCAUCUCUCCUACAACCCUAUGUCUAACUACCAUAUCUCCUGCAGCCCUGUGUCUAACUACCAUCUCUCCUACAAGCCUAUGUCUAACUACCAUAUCUCCUGCAGCCCUAUGUCUAACUACCAUGUCUCCUGCAGCCCUGUGUCUAACUACCAUCUCUCCUACAACCCUAACUACCAUCUCUCCUACAACUCUAUGUCUAACUACCAUCUCUCCUACAACCCUAUGUCUAACUACCAUCUCUCCUACAACCCUAUGUCUAACUACCAUCUCUCCUACAACCCUAUGUCUAACUACCAUCUCUCCUACAACCCUAUGUCUAACUACCAUAUCUCCUGCAGCCCUGUGUCUAACUACCAUCUCUCCUACAACCCUAACUACCAUCUCUCCUACAACCCUAUGUCUAACUACCAUCUCUCCUACAACCCUAUGUCUAACUACCAUCUCUCCUACAACCCUAUGUCUAACUACCAUAUCUCCUGCAGCCCUGUGUCUAACUACCAUCUCUCCUACAACCCUAACUACCAUCUCUCCUACAACCCUAUGUCUAACUACCAUCUCUCCUACAACCUUAUGUCUAACUACCAUCUCUCCUACAACCCUAUAUCUAACUACCAUCUCUCCUACAACCCUAUGUCUAACUACCAUCUCUCCUACAACCCUAACUACCAUCUCUCCUACAACUCUAUGUCUAACUACCAUCUCUCCUACAACCCUAUGUCUAACUACCAUAUCUCCUACAAGCCUAUGUCUAACUACCAUAUCUCCUGCAGCCCUAUGUCUAACUACCAUAUCUCCUGCAGCCCUGUGUCUAACUACCAUCUCUCCUACAACCCUAACUACCAUCUCUCCUACAACUCUAUGUCUAACUACCAUCUCUCCUACAACCCUAUGUCUAACUACCAUCUCUCCUACAACCCUAUGUCUAACUACCGUCUCUCCUACAACCCUAUGUCUAACUACCAUCUCUCCUACAACCCUAUGUCUAACUACCAUAUCUCCUGCAGCCCUGUGUCUAACUACCAUCUCUCCUACAACCCUAACUACCAUCUCUCCUACAACCCUAUGUCUAACUACCAUCUCUCCUACAACCCUAUGUCUAACUACCAUCUCUCCUACAACCCUAUGUCUAACUACCAUCUCUCCUACAACCCUAUGUUUAACUACCAUCUCUCCUACAACCCUAUGUCUAACUACCAUAUCUCCUGCAGCCCUGUGUCUAACUACCAUCUCUCCUACAACCCUAACUACCAUCUCUCCUACAACCCUAUGUCUAACUACCAUCUCUCCUACAACCUUAUGUCUAACUACCAUCUCUCCUACAACCCUAUGUCUAACUACCAUCUCUCCUACAACCCUAUGUCUAACUACCGUCUCUCCUACAACCCUAUGUCUAACUACCAUCUCUUCUACAACCCUAUGUCUAACUACCAUCUCUCCUACAACCCUAUGUCUAACUACCAUAUCUCCUGCAGCCUUGUAUCUAACUACCAUCUCUCCUACAUCUCUGUGUCUAAUUAUCUUCUGUCCUGCAUCCCUGUGUCCAACUCUCUGUGUCCCCUAUAG